AUGUCGUUCACAGGUGGCCUGUUCGACUUGGCAGACGACGGACAGGAGGCAGCGUUCAAGUACGCAGUCAAUUCCGUCAACAGCGAUCGCACCGUGUUGGGCCACGUUCGUUUGGCUGCUUUGGUCGACAACGUCCCGUUCGGUGACUCCUUCCGCGGGGCUAGAAAAAUCUGUUCGCUCGUGAGAUCCGGAGUAGCAGCCAUCUUGGGACCCCAGUCCGACCAAACUUCUGCGCAUGUGCAGUCGAUGUGCGACGCCCUGCAAAUCCCUCACAUAGAGAACUUGUGGGAUUUCCGCUUGUCGGGCGACUCCUACUCCAUCAAUCUCUAUCCACACUUGGACACGAUUAAGAAGGCCUAUAUAGACGUCCUGAAGAGACUCGGGUGGAAGAAGUUCUUCGUCAUCUAUGACGACACUUACGGCCUCAUUCGCGUCCAGGAACUACUCAAAGAGCAUUCGUUCACCUCCACCCUGAGGCAAUUGCCAGCGUCCCGUGAUUACAGGUCCUUUCUAAGAGACGUGAAAAAGACAAGCAUGACCCACUUGUUGUUGGACCUCAAAAGAGAAAAUAUCUAUUCAUUCCUCAAGCAGGCGCAAGAGGUGGGGUUAUUGACAUCUUACUACAAUUACUUCUUCACGACGUUUGACCUACACACGGUCGGCAUCGAGGACUUCCGCCACAGAGGGGCCAAUAUGACGUCGCUGAGGAUCAUAGACCCCGAAAACCCGUUGGUGCAGCGAGCCGUAAGGGAUUGGUUCUUUCGGCGAACUGCGCUACGGAGAGAGCUACCUGCCGCGGAAAACACCCUCCAAAAUUCUUCUUCCCGCUCUCCUCAUUCAUCUCCCCCACCCUCUCUCACCCCGCAGACAGAGAUGGCUCAGUACGACGCGGUACAGCUCUUCGCGAAGGCUCUGGGAGAUCUGGACAGAUCUCGCCCGAUUGAAGUGGCCCGACUCGACUGCGAAGGAGACGAGACCUGGAUUUAUGGAAAUUCUCUCGUUAAUUACAUGAAAUGGGUCCAGGUCAGGGGUCUGACGGGCCUCAUCAAAUUCGACGCCAAAGGAUUCCGCCGUGACGUCACAUUGGACAUCGUCGAACUGACGAAAACUGGACUCGUCAAAGUUGGCAGGUGGAACCCGACGAUUGGCGCCAACUACACCAAAUCCUACAAAGAGGUAGAACAGGACAUUGUAGAGGAAUUACGGAGGAAGAACCUGGUCAUUUCGUCCGUAUUGGAACCCCCCUACGUCAUGCUAGAGGAGACCUCAGACGGGGGAACAGACAGCCAGCAACGCCUCGAGGGUUUCUGCAUUGACCUCGUAAGGGAGAUUUCGCAAAUUCUCCUCUUCAACUACACCGUGAAAUUGGCAGAUGACGGGACCUACGGAAUGUUCGACGCUGACUCCGGGAGAUGGAACGGAAUGAUUCGGGAAUUUUUCUUCCAGAAAGCAGACCUCGCUAUCGGCGAUCUCACCAUCACUCACGAAAGGGAGCAAGUCGUCGACUUCACCGUUCCUUGGAUGAACUUAGGUGUCAGCAUUCUGUACAGGAAAUUGUCCAAAAAGACGUCAGUCUUCUACAGGUUCCUGUCACCCGUCUCAGCUGACGUUUGGCUCUCUGUGGCCUCUGCCUAUCUGGUGGUGUCGGUAAUGCUCUUCACCAUUGCGAGAUUUUCGCCCUACGAGUGGGCCGAAUCACAUCAGUGCGAUACGACAGAAGGAAGAAUAAACGAGUUUUCGCUCCUUGGCUCUUUUUGGUUCUGUUUUGGCUCCCUCGUCCAGCAAGGAGGAAACUCGCAACCAGAUCAGCUUAUCUUCUCUCAUCUUCUUAGGGCCAUAUCUACGAGGAUCAUCGCGGGUGUCUGGUGGUUCUUCACCCUCAUCUUGAUCUCCUCCUACACCGCCAACUUAACAGCUUUCUUGAUGGCUGAACGCCUCGAAACAUUGGUGGAAUCAGUUGACGAUUUGGCCAAGAGCCAAAUCCAGUACGGUACCUUAAACGGAGGAUCUACCUGGAACUUCUUCAGGACGUCCAAACUGGCCAUAUACCAGAAGAUGUUCAAUUUCAUGGAGUCCCAGACCCCUACGGUGUACUCGACCUCCAACGAAGAAGGGGUGAGCAAAGUGCUGAAGGGAGACGGUCAGUAUGCCUACAUCAUGGAGUCUCCGAGCAUCGAGUUCGCAACCGAGAGGCACUGCGACCUCAUUCAAGUGGGAGGACUUCUGAAUUCGAGGAGUUACGGCAUUGCCUUGCCUCCAGGCUCGCCUUACAGAACGCUUAUUAACUCGGCCCUGGUGAAGCUACAGGAGACGGGACGGCUUACCGACCUGAAACACAAGUGGUGGAAGGUGGAAAGAGGCGGUGGUGCUUGCCAGAGCUCUGGGGACUCAGGAGGUGCCUCCAGAGCCAAGGCGUUGGGCCUCAACAGCGUCGGAUGGGUCUUCGUGGUGCUCCUCGCUAGAAUGGGUCUGGCUUCCAUCACGGCCGUCUGCGAGUUCGCCUGGAAAGCAAGACGAGUCUCCUCCGCUAGAGAGCGCGAUUCCAGGUGGAAUGACGUGAGCAAAGACUUGGCCCUGUCCCUCUCCUGCGCCUCCUCUGCGACAAACCGACGGGAAGGCGCCCGUUGAGGGGCGGAAAGUCUCGGCCUUGACCAAGACGACCUACGGUUCUACUUAUACCACGACCUGCUCCUUCAGAC